GCCUUUAAACGUGGAUGUACGCAUUCUGACUAGCUGCUGACUAGCGAGCCUUCCGGCACAUGUUUGAGAGUCUGAACAGUCUUGCCUUUUUAUAGCGCGCAAUCCUGACGUGAUCUAGCGCUUGGAUAGUUUAACAAUGCCGGGGGACACGUUCCCCCCGCGGCUAGCAUGCGUGACGACCAGCGGACCUGGACUUUCGUCGCUGCUAUACUCCGUCACCGCUGGCGGGGCGCCUUGCGACGGGCUGUUGUUCGGCGACACAAUCACAACCACCACCAGCCACAUGCGGGAUGACGAUGACACGGCUACGGUGAGCGAGUGCCGCGCCGCCAUCUCCAGCGGCCUGUGCUGCGCGGGGCCCUGCAGCUUCUACGACUGCGCCGGCCAGCUGCAGGAGAGCGCGCUGGAGGAGCUGUGUCGACAGCAGCCCGGGCCGCUGCUGGGCUGGAUCUCGCACAGGCCGCUACUCGCAGUGCCGGGAGGCGGCGGCGGCGGCGGCGGCGGCUCUGGCGCAUCAGGGCCGGGUGGCGGCGGCGGCGGCAGCAGCAGCAGUGCCACUGCGCUCAUGCGGCCCAGCAUGCGGGAGGCGGCGGUGACGCAGGCGCUGCUGCGGCGGCAGCUGGCGCGGGAAGCGGCCGCCGGUGCUGUCGGCGGCGGGGGUCAUCAGGCUGUGCUGCUGCUGCUGGUGGGCAGUGGGGCCGACCACAACGGCGCCACGGCGACCUGGCAGCUCAGGUGCUUCCAGGCCCGCCAGGUGCCCUCCACACACGAGCUGCAGCUGAGCCCCGUGCCGCUCACCACCCUCAACCUCGGCGGCCACACCGGACACGGAGCCUACGCCGAGCUGCACGCCUCCCUGGGCCUCACCGCCACCUCCACCACCGCCCUCAGCAUCACCGCCACCUCCACCUCUACCUCUACCUCCGCCUCCACCCCUUCGGAGCUCGCGCCGGGGCUGGGGCUGGGCUCGCGGCCCAGCUCCAGCAGCUCCGCCGCCGCGCCCUUGCCCGCGCAACUCAGCUCGCCGCCGCCUCCCGUUGCCGCCGGCGCUACGUCGAAUAACCUCAUGUACGGCAGCCCUGUUGCCGCCGCCGCCGCCGCCAACAGCAACAACAACAACAACAACAGCAACAAGCCGUUGUUGGGAUUGGGCUCGCCGCCGCAGCCGACGGCCUCGCUGACGUCGGCGACGCCGCUGACGCCGCCGGCGCCGCACCCGCUGCUGCCCGCGCUGAUAGACCCGGGGACGCUGGCGGCGCUGGCGGCGGGCUCUCGCGCGCAGGUGGGCGCCGUGAAGCACCACUGCGAGGCGCUGCUGGUGGGGCUGCACGAGCUGUGCGGCCAGGCCAUGGCGGGCGAGGCGGCGCUGGAGCGGCUGCGGGCGCGGCGGGACGCGCUGCAGGCACACCUGGCGUCGUCGGGGCAGAGGGGCUGAGGGGCUGCGGAGUGGGAGGGGCUGCGGGAGUGGGAGGGAGUGGCGGGAGAGGCUGAGGGGUGGAGGGAAGGGGCGGGUGCGUUCUUGUCGUGUGGUGGUGUGGUUGAGAUCUGGGGCAAGGUGUGUGGUAUGGCUCAGGUGGACUGGUGACGGGCUGGCAGCCGCAGGCAGGCACCCAUAUAUGGUGUCAUGGCGGGCAGGGGAUAUAAUGGACCGGUGGCGUGUAACGCGUCGACAGACACGGGGACUAUAGUGGACUGGUGUGGUGGUGGUGUAGGAGGCGGCGCUGCAUGUGCGGAUGGCACGGCGCUGCCUGCAGUGUGUGUGCGCCUGCGGCAGGUGCGUGGAGCGCCGACCGCCAUGCCGCCAUCUGGCGGAUCUAUUCUUGGAUCUACUGGACCCAUUUCAGUCAAACCUGUCUUCACACACCACUUUGUUUACGCUUGCAGUUCCAUAAGCCAUUGGAA